GAACUUUUAGCACCUUUGACACGAGUACUGAUUGUGGAGGGGCCCACCCCUACUCAUGGGUUAUUUGCACUCCUCUGUGGGCCUAAGGGUAUUUUUGUCAUCAUUUAUCCCACCUGUGUCUGUCUGUUCCUCCCCACUCGCCUCCUCCCGUGACAGCCUGGCUCAUGUUUCUCAGCAAAGCGCUAAGCCAGUUAUUAAUAACAGCCCAGCGAGUCUCCCGAGCCACCUAGGAGCAGAUGGUGUUUUUCACAAAAGAGAGAGAUCAUCUCCUUGACUUUGGACUUCGCUUAUCGAACCCCUGAACAGUUUUUAAUGUGCUUUGACCCAGGAACCAAGCUUGCUAAGAGACCACCUGUUCUGAAUGCACUUUGUCCCAGGAAGAGCAGCUGGAGAGAAAACCGAGGAGCAGCAUUAUCUGCCAUUACCUGGAUUAAAUCAGGAAGCAGAAGCAUUUUGGAUAUGACGUGUAAAAAUUGGAUAUUAAUUUCUACUACUACCCCCACAAGUCUAGAAGAUGAAAUUGUGGGAAGACUUCUAAAAAUUUUGUUUGUAAUCUUUGUUGACUUCCUGUCUAUUAUAUAUGUUGUUAUAACUUCUUAGAAAACUGAUUUCCUUUACUUUGUGAAUUUCAUAUUGAACUCCAGUGAAUAAAAUUUUAUAGUUUAA